AUGGUGAAACUUGAACCAAUUUAUUUAGCGAAUGUUGUUCUCUAUUUGGAUAGUACAACAACGUUUCGAAACUUCACAAAAAUCUCCAAACAAACGAUUAUAGCAAUUUCCAUGCUACAUAUAAACCCCCUCAAAGUACUUCGCUAUAUCCCAUUUCUACUCCAUUAUAUCCCAAAUCUAGAAACUUAUGAAGGGAACCUAAUGGAAGCUCAAAAUGAAAUUACGAAGGAUUUAUUUGAUCAAAUAAGUUGGAUUGAUGGGUCUAAAUUUCUAUUCCAAAUGCAUUUUUUGAAAGAAGAAUUUGCCUGGAAAAUAAGUGCUUUAAAAAUAAAUCCAAGUGAUUUGACAAAUUUGUGUCAACUUCGUCAAAUACGAAAAGUUGUGUUUCAAGGAACAAUAGAUUUUGGUCAACUUGAGAAAAUUAUUGAAAAGUAUAAAUUGAUGACUCUCAAAAAUGUUAUUGUUUAUUUGGAAGACAUCACAGAACUUUAUUUAGAAAAAUGCAUUGAAUUUUGUGCGAAAAACAAAGAAAUUUUUGUUGGGAUUGCAGCUAAAAGAUCUGCUAUAAGCAAAGAGGCUUUUGAGAGAAAAGUAGUUCGCAAUUUGAAAUGUGUACUUUUCGACUUUGACAAGAAAAUUGAAAUCUACAACUCGCCAGUUUUAAUAAGCAAACCCGAAAAUAUAAAAUUGAAAUAUGAUGUUUUGGAUUCAAAUGUUUUGGCACAAAUUGAAAAUGAAACCAAAAAUAAAAAUAUUGAAACUCUCCACGUGGAUGUCGCUCUUAAUAGUAUGGACAAUAUUUCUUUAUUUGAUAUCAAAGCAAAGAGAUUUGAACUUUCUGUGACAAGUGGAAAAUCACUGAAAUUCACAAAUUGUAAAUCACCAUCUGACAUUUGUGUAACAACAAUAAAUUGUCCAAUAAACCUCAACUCCCUUCUCUCAAUAAAGUCGCUUGAACGAGUCGAGGUGAAAGGAAAUUACGUAUUAGAGAAAACAACAAAGGAACACUUUUUGGUGCAAUUUCCACACCCUCUUAAAAGUUUUGUUUUUCAUACAAAAUUUCCACCAAACACAAAUUUGGACUAUUCAAAUAGUUUCAAAACUCUUCAAAAAAUCGAGUUGAUAACUCCAAAAGAAGAAAUUGAUUUGUGUAAUUGUUGUGAAUUAAAAGAAAUUGGCAUAACAAGUAUUUCAAAGACAAAGUGUGUAUUAACUCUUCCAUAUACAAAAUACACAACUCCAAUUUAUAGAUAUAAACAUGAGUGGUUAUAUGGAAGUUUUAAAAAGACUCUUUUCUUUAAAUCAGAAACUGCAAAACUUGAAGUUACAAAUGUUGGAUUUUUCACAGAAAUUGACAUUGAAGGGAAUAUUGAUAAAUUGGAUAUGAGGGAAUGUGCCAACUGUCAAAAGCUCAGACUUCUGUCGACUGCAAAAGAGACUGUUGUGAUGCCACCUACUUGUUACAACUAUCGUUCAUUGUUUAUAUGUUCUGAUAAUUAUCCAUACAUAUUAUUUAAUAAUAGACUGAAUUAUAUUUAUGUAGCAAAAAACUUAGAAAUAUGUGGGAAUGUCAAAUUUAAUUGUAAAAUUGGUGUUGAGGAAAUCGCAUUUUGCGUCGAUGAAGACACAAACCUGUUGAUUGAUUCGGUGUUUAUUGAACAAAUCACUCUUUUGGGCCUGAGAAGACGUCGAAUCACAGAAAGGUACACCAAAAAUGUAGAAACAAAUAAACAACUUUCAGAUGAAGUUUUUGAAGUUGCAAAAAAUAACACAAACAUACGAAUCGGGAAGUACAAGACUGCGAUUACCAAGAAAACAAGUGAUUUGAACUUAUAUGCUACUUUACUAAGAAAGAAAAGCAAAGACAGUGUUUCUGUUAAACCACAAAAAGACCACAAAAAUAAAACAAUACAAAUUACAAAGAGUUCGCACAUUCAAGAACUUCUUGACGAUGAAAAUUAUGAAGAUGACUUCGAUGACUUUGAAGAUGAAGAUGACAAAGACAUCAAAUCUAAUUAA